AUGAAAGAGGCUGGUGAAGAAGAGAAAAAUCUAACCAUUGAGAACGGAAAUGUAACAGAAGAUGGUACACCUUUCAUCACUGUUAUUGAGGACGGAGGUUGGCCAUUACUUCGCAGCCAUGGACAUUGUUACAGAGAAAAUUAUACCAAAAGAUUGUAUGCACUUCAAAAAGGAUCGACUACUGGAACUAAAAAAUUGUCGAAUGAAAUCAUCAGGCGACUCAAGGCUCGAGGUGCAAUAGCACACAACGCGGAGGAAGGAGAUGUAAAUUCCUUGAAGGAGGAUCUCAAAAAUGGAACGCUACAUGUUUUUGGAAUUCAUACAUUCUGCAAGCCAUAUUUUUGCACCAAAAUAGGUGAGUCAAUCGACCUGCCCAAAGAAGAAAAGGAAAUUUGCGACAAAGCACGAUUUCUAUUGCAGCCUCUUGUAUUGAAAAGUCAUCAACUUAUCACCAACAGCACUUGCAACGCUGCAGAAAAUUACAUGUCUUUAGUGGCAAACUUUACUGGAGGCAAACAAAUUAACAGAGGCAAAAGAGGCUCUUUUACCCACAGAACAAAAGCUGCCAGUUUAGACUUUCAGUUCAAAUCGUACUGGCACUAG